CACAGUCCGUGUUUCUGUUCCGCAAUUUUUUUUCGAGAAAAUCGAAAAAAGUGCUUCUGACAAAUGGUUUUUGUUUUAAAAAAAAUUUUUCUUGACGAAUGAUUUUUUUAAAAAGAUAUUUUUUGUAAAAAUUUGUGCCGAAAAAGUGAAGAAUGAAAUAGUUUUUGAGCGUCAAAAUAUCAGUUUCAGUCCGUUUGGAAACGAUAGAGUGGAUUUGAUAUUUGGUAAUAGAUAUUAUGUUAGAUCAAACAUGUUUAAUUUUGAUAAUAUUGACAACAGUGGAAGCAGUUCGAUUAAAUGAAUCAAACUUAAAAAAUACGGAAAAAAAUAUUGAAGAAGAAUGUUUUUUGGAAUUAAAUAUAAAUCAGAAUCAAAAUGAUGACAAUUCUAAAAUUGAUUAUGAUACGCAAUGUACGAUUGAUCAGUGGACUAAAGGUUGUAAUUCUUGGCAUCAAGCCCUCGAUGCAGAUUGUAAAUCCAUUUGUAAUGGAACCCAGGAAUUGCUAUCGCCCAAAGAACUUUUCUGCAUUGCAGGAUGCAACGAAGCCCUAAAUCGAUAUUAUCAUCAAUUGAAAGCCAGGAUUGGAGUAUUAUCUGCGCCAACUCUCGUUGGAGAUUCAUUGACUGCCACAUCGCUCAGACUUGAAUGGAAUGGAAAUGAGAUCAAGAGAAUUGGCAGUGGGAUAUCCUACUUUGUUCAGUGGAAAUAUCAGGAUUUGGCAGAAACUUGGCAGUUUUGUAGAAAUCAAUCCUGGAGGGAUGAUCAAAUUCUUGUUUACAAUUUACAAUCGUACACAAAAUAUAGAUUUCGAAUCGCUCUGCUAUUGAGAUCAAUUGAGCAUAAUGCUGAAAUGAUUGUCUCCACUCCAAGCAUUGUGAUAUCAACAAAACCUGCUGGAGUUCCAAUUUCUGCUCCUAGAAUUUUAAGAGCCAAUGCUAUUGACAGCCAUCGGAUUUCUAUUUCCUGGGAAGCUGGUCCAUUCUCCAAUGGACCACUUUUAUCAUACGUUUUGAAACUUUAUGAAGAUUCAGAAUUGCAGUCAAAGGAAGUACCAGCUACGGAAAUUUUGAAUUAUUACGUAUUUCGGAAUUUGGAACCGAGCAGAAAUUAUUCAGUGAGUGUUUCAAUGAGAAAUGCCGAAGGCGAUGGUCCUUCUGCAAUUAUUCACGUCUCCACAUCAUCAGAGUCCGUUGUUAAGGACACAGAGAAACCUCUCCUUAUUCUCGGAAGUCAGCAUUCAAUAAUGAAACAAGGAUCCGAUAUUUUUGACGAACCGAGUAUAAUUUAUGAAACCAGUUCAAUUAUUCAAGGAAUUGCAAUUCACGUCGUUUUGGAGCAAAUCUUCAUCUCCGAUUCAAUGGGCUUUAUAUAUCGAAAAACAAUUUCUGACAUUUCAAAAUCGACAAUUUUACUAAAUUCAGAUGAAAUUAAUUUCAAACCGUUAAGCAUGUCUGUUGAUUGGCUCAAUUUGCGGCUCUACAUUGUCGGACAAAUGAAAAAUAUGUCUCUAUGGCAAAUAGCAAGAUGUGAUUUUGUUGGCAAUGAUCUGACUGUUGUUGUGCCGAAUUUCCUCACGAAACCAUCUCACGUUGAAGUUGAUCCUUACAAUGGAUAUUUAUUCUGGAUCACUCGUCGAGGUUUUUAUAGACUCGAUUUGGCCGAUAUUGAUAAUAGUGGCAAUAGAAAGGUUCAACCAUUCCUGAUUCUCGAACAUUCAAAUUUAGGAGCCUUCAUUGUUGACCAUAUAAAUUUCCGCCUCCUUGUUUCUUAUCAUUCUGAAAAUACAGUGAAAUCUGUCUCUUUGGAUGGAAAGGAAGUCAUCGAUCUCAGAGCAAAUACACAACAAGCAAAAUUUAAAAAUGUCUCGUCCUUGACUGUGAUUAAUAAUCUAUUUUACUGGACGAACGGAUAUCAAGUUUUAACUGAAGGCUACCACUCUGGACAGGACAAAUACUUUCACAAUGUUUUUCCCAGAUAUAUUAAGUUUUCAGAAAUGUAUCUAAGUGUUCAUGCGUUAAUGAGUACGAGUCAACCGAUUCCUGUUCCGGUGAAUCCUCCGACGAAUGUUCAAGCAAUUUUGGGUUCGGAGAGGGCAAAAAUAUCUUGGCAGGCGCCUUAUUUGCUUGCAGAACAAGGACGAGGGGCUUGGCAAAAUUGGAUGUACGAAUUGGAAAUUAAAGACGAUUUCUCCGGGGAAACUAUUCAUCAAAUAGGAAUUUCUGAUUUGACACAAUCAAUCUUCAAUUUAAAAGAGAAGUCCAAUUAUUCGAUCAAGGCUGCUGCCUACUCGAUUGCUGGGAAGAGUCCAUGGUCCAAGGAAUUUAAAGGACAAACCUUAAGGGAUGAAUUCCAAGCCUCAAUCUUGUGGUCCACAAAUGAAGGAUUUUUAAUAAGCGAUAUAACUGGAGAGAAUUUAGAUAUUUUGAUUCACGAUACAAAUUUAACAGAAGAAGGAAUUGAAUAUUACAUUUUGGAUGUGAGUUGGUACAAAGAUUUAUUGUACUUUGUGGGAAAUAAUUCUCUUCUUUAUCAAUACAACAUGACUAGUCGUCAGAAAUCAUCGUUGAAUAUUAAUUCCGUCAGUUGUAUUGCAGUUGAUUGGAUAUCGAAAAAACUCUAUUGGACAAAUCCCAAGCAACAAAUUAUAAUGAGGUCAAAUAUGAAUGGAUCUGAUCAAGAACCUAUAUCCAUUCUGGCCAAUGUCAAAGAAUUAGUAAUAGAUUCCUUAGAAGCUUAUUUAUACUGGUCGACUGACUUUACCAUCCAAGUCGCCAGAUUGAAUGGCCAAGAAAGAAGAUAUUACUAUUCGGAUGAAAUAUUCAGUGACAAACAAGUCACAGGCUUGUCCUUAGACUUGGAGAAUCGAUUUCUCUAUUGGAUUAUCAGAAGCUAUGAAAAUGUAUCAAUUUUGUAUCGAGCUCCCACUUCUGAAAAGUUGCCCAUGAACCAGAAAAUUGUACCAGAAAAGAUUUCGAUUCUGGAGUACACAAAUAUCCAAGGUCCUCUAUGUUACUUCUCUCAACAUUUAUUAUGGCUUCAAGACGAUAGAAAUGCAAUAAUCGGAGAUAUGAAAGGACAAAAUACGGCAGUAAUCAAUGGAAUAACAUUAUCUGGUCUUCAUAUGACUUCAAUCUUAAAUCCACUUCUUCAUCAGUUCCCAAAGUUUUUGGAUUCCGAAAAUAUAACAGUCUUGCCGAAUUCGGUUAAUUAUCGGAGCAUAAAAAUCGAGGGCAAUUGGACAAAUUUCAACAUAUCCUGGGAUCCUGUUAAUAAUACAAAUUAUGGAAUUGUCUUUUAUAAAGUAAAAUUUGUCGAUGUGGGCAAAAAUUCGAUUGUAGAGAUAACAACGGAAUCAUCGAUUGCUUACAAUAAUUUACCAAAUAUUCAACCGUACAGCUUAAUGGAUAUCAAGAUAAAAGUAUUCACCUACUGGGAAAGUGCUCGUUACACCAGAAAAACGUUGAGAUCACCCCAGAGUACUCCAAGUCAGCCACUCAAUUCAAGAGGUUUUGUAGAAUUUCAAUCUGGUCAUUUGAAUAAUGUGAAGGAAAUUGACGUCAUCUUCAGGUGGGAUUCGCCACAAUUUUCAAACGGAGUUAUUUUGGGUUUCAUCGUCAAAUGUUGGUAUAUUAUGAAUGAGGCCGAAAUUCUUCUUUGCGAUUCAAUUAAUAUUCCAGCUUCAACACUUGAAUACAGAUUGCAUAAUGUUUUACCAAAAAUGACUUAUUAUUUCCAAGUGGAGGCCUAUACGGAAGUUGGCGUUGGACCGAAUACGGAUGUAAUAAGCAUAUCGACUGAAAAUGAAAAUCCCUUGCUUCAAUUAUUAAUUGUAACUACGGAUAUGGUGCAAAUUUCGGAUUUGGAUCAACAAAUUAAUUAUUCAAUUAAUCGACAUUCUAUUAGAGAAUUAACAUACCUGGCCGCUGAUGAGAAAAUAUUUCUGAUAAACGAAAUGCAAGAGUUGGUCACAAUGAAUAUAAAUGGAGAAAAUACGACAAAGAUUCUCUCCUUGAAUAAUCCGGCGAACAGUAUUUGUGUCGACUGGAUUUCAAGAAAUUUAUUCUGGAUCGAAUCGAGUUAUAAGAAAUCAAAUGGAAGUUACGUUAUGAAAUUGGAUUUAUCAGCUUGGUCUUCUGGAAUUUUGAAAUAUAAAAAAAUAAUCCUGAGAAAUAACAGAAUUGUAAAUUUGGAUAUUUCCCCCUCAAAAGGAAAAUUGUUCUGGGUGGAAUUGAACAGCAAACAAGAUCGUGGAGUAAUGAUGUACUCUGAUAUAGCCGGAGAGAAUGUGAAACCUUUUUUCAAUAAAGUCAAAGAUUGCUCUUGUCCUUUCAGACCAAUAGUUCGACCUGUUUUCACAAUUGACAAUAUAAAUCCUCAUAAUCCGAUAAUUUAUUGGGUAUCAUUGGAAGGACAUCUUUACGAAUCGGAGAUUGACGGAUGUUUCUGUAAUUUAGUCAUCAGUAGUGAAGAAUUACCUUCUCCAACUUCUCUAACCGUGGACAAAAAGAAUAUUUACUGGUCAAAUACAGAAAGUAAAAAACUAUAUUUCGUCGAUAAAGUAUAUCCCGACAAUGAAGCAGUGAAACAACAUCAACUAGUGAAUGCAAAACGAAUAAAAACCAUCGGAAAAUCAUUGCAACCAUAUCCUGAUGUUAAAUGUUUGACACCAGCUCAAACUAUUUAUAAUAUUGAAGAAAUUUCCAAAACUAAAAGUAGCAUCAGAAUCAAAAUGCCCAAAGCAGUUCGUGAAAUUUGUGAAAAUUACAACUUACCUUCCACACUGUAUACCAUCGUUUUUUCCGAGUUUUUAGAAGAAAAUAGCAAAGAGGAAAAACAAUUACAAACCUACGAUACAGAAAUAGAAAUUGAAAACUUGAAAAGUUUUGCAAAAUAUAGAUUUAAAUUAGCUUUAAGCAACUAUUAUGGUGAAAAUGGAAAUUUUAGUCUUGGUGUUAUUUUAAAAACCGGAAGUGGAAUUCCGUCAAGACCAAGAAAUGUGACUGUAAAAUCUUUAACACCAACAACUGCUGCAGUUUACUGGUUACCUCCAGAAACGUUAAAUGCCGAUAAACUUUAUUACGAAAUUCAUUAUACAGCCAUUAAAAUUGUUAAUUUCUUUAGAAAAACAACAACUCAAGUUGUUCAGUGCACAGACAAUAUAACCGAAGGAACACCGAAGGAAAAAGAAAAAAAAGUCAUCUUAGAUCAUUUAGUUCCCAAUGAAGAAUACAAAAUUUCCGUUCUUGCGUAUAAUCCAACCUUUAGGGAUUAUUACAAUCAAAGUUUCGAUCAACAUCUGAAAAUGUAUCCCGAGCCAAGUAAUUUAACUGUCAAACAAUUCACCAGAGCACUAAGGAUAUUUUGGUCUCCUGCCAUUAACUUGACUGUUAAUUAUUCUCUCGAAUUCUCGUCAGUGUCUUCAGCAGAAUGGCAAAUUGCCAACAUUUCCAAAAUUAUUAACAAUACAGCAGAAUUUCAAAUUAUCGAAUUGGAACCUAAAAACUCCUAUAAAUUUCGAUUGAAUAUAAAAUAUCUCGAUAGUAAUAUAUUUACUUGGCCGAGUGAUGAUCGAUUCAUCUUUGAAACACUUGGCGAUGUACCAAGUGCUCCAGGAAAACCAACAAUUUCAAGACUGAGAAAAUCGGUAUAUAAAUUAAAUUGGGAACCAGCAAAACCUCAUGGUUCGACAGUAAUAUUUUAUCGUCUCGAGGGAAGAAUAGUGAAUGAUCUCAAUAAUUUUGGACAGAGUCAUAGAAUUAAUAAAUGGAAGUUGUAUUACAAUGGAACUGAUAACUGCUGGACAAUUGAUUCGGAAUUGGUUUAUAGAUAUUAUUUUCGAGUUCAAGCUAAUAACGUUCACGGUUUCGGCAAUUGGAGUGAAUCAAGUGAAGAAAUAGAUUUAACUUAUAGUAAUAAUGAUCUAGUGACUUCACAGCCAACUGUUGGAUCGAUUCUGAUCAUGAGUUCCUCUGUUGUCAUUAGCGUCAUAUUAUUCAGCUUCUGUUUUCUAAUCUGUAGAAGUUAUAAGCAGCGUAAAGAAGAUAAGAAGGCAAUUUUAUCACCGAGAAUACCUGGUGACAUGGAAUUGGCCACUCUGAGAGAAAUUCCUCGAGGGAAUUUUAUUCAAUCGAAUGCUUUGUAUGGACCAUCAACGCUGCAAGUUGGUCAAGAUGAUGAGAUGUUACCUAAAUUAAAAAGAGAUGAAAUAAUAUUGAGCAGAUUUUUGGGGAGUGGUGCUUUCGGAGAGGUUUUUCAAGGAACUGCGAAGGAUUUGAAUGGACCGGGAUUUACGCCAGUUGCAAUAAAAACCUUAAGAAAAGGAGCAUCGUCUCAAGAGAAAAGUGAAUUCAUUCAAGAGGCCAGACUAAUGAGUCAUUUUCGACACAAACACGUUCUCUUGUUAUUAGGCGUUUGUUUGGAAACGGAUUCGCCUUUGCUGGUCCUAGAAUUAAUGGAAGCUGGCGAUUUGUUAAGUUAUUUGAGAUCUAAUCGUGCUAUUCAGUCUUCAUGUCCCAGUGCUCUUACUCUCCAGGAUUUAUUAUCAAUAUGUGAAGAUGUAGCCAGAGGUUGUCGCUAUCUCGAAGAACUUCAUUUUGUCCAUCGCGAUCUCGCUUGUAGAAAUUGUUUGGUAUCAUCCAAUGAUCGUCAACUCCGGGUCGUGAAAAUUGGCGAUUUUGGUCUCGCUCGAGAUAUUUAUAAAAAUGACUAUUAUCGUAAGGAAGGAGAAGGAUUAUUACCAGUGCGUUGGAUGGCUCCGGAAUCACUCGUGGAUGGAGUAUUUACGUCUCAGAGCGACGUCUGGGCAUUUGGUGUCCUUAUGUGGGAGAUAACAUCAUUGGGGCAACAACCAUAUCCGGCCAGAACGAAUCAAGAAGUUCUUCAUUACGUGAGAAGUGGCGGAAGGUUGCAGAAACCUCUUAAUUGCCCGAACUCUUUGCACCAAUUAAUGCUGAGUUGCUGGAGCUGUAUUGAGAGGAGGCCAUCUUUCAAAACAUGUCUUGAAGAAAUUAUCAACUUGAGAGUUACCACUGAAGACUCAUGUUUACUUCAAGUCUUCUCGAGUCGUUACUUGUCACAAAUCGGUUCUAAAAAAUCAAACAAUUCAGAAGGAAGCCAACAACUACAGUCCAUCGUUCAGGAAAGUAUAAUUUCACCAGCACUAGCCCCAAAAUAUUUAGAAUUACUAUCAAAUCCAGACGAAUGGUCUAUUUCCCCAAAAAAUCCCCUAUGUGCCUACGAAGUGCCAAAAUCGACCGUAAUUCAUAAAAAUGCAAAUGAAAAUUUCCAAUCAUCCGAAAAUUCAAGACACAUAAAACAAACGGAUACAAAAGACGAAGAAUUAUCGAAUCUAGAGAGUCAAAUAGUAGACAAACAAGUUGUAAAUAAAAUCCUACAGAAAAAAUCCCAACAAAGAAGACUCUCUGUAACGAGUUUGAACAUUCCGGAAAAAAAGAGAAACUCUUUGGUAAAUUAUCGAAAAAAAUCCCGAUCCCUUGACAAUCGUAAGUCAAGAAAUAUUUCCGGUAAUUAUAAAGAUUCUGUAGCAUUUACCAAAUAUUUUCGAAAUGAAAGGAAAGAAACAAAAGCAGGUUCAAUUGAGAAUUGUUCAAGUCAAUUGAAAACAAGUCUAAAGGAAAAUAUAAACAGUUCUAGAGAAUCAAAUGCAAGUCUAGAUAUUACGAGACCGAGUUCUUCGAUAAUUAAUUCCGAAACAUUCACGAAAGUUUCGAGCAAAAUUAGUCAAUAUAAUUUAGACAGUAAAAAUAAUAAGAUUCUAAAUUUAUCGAAAAUUCCAAAAAGCAAUUUACAGAAAGCGAAAAUUCCUCUAAUGAUAAAUAAUGCCUUAUUAAACUUACUGCAACAGACACCUGAUAUUGAUGAUAAUGAGAGAAUCAUUACCUAUACAAUUGUAAAUACUGAUGCACUUAGGGUAAAUGGAUCUUAAAAAUAAUAAAAUUGAGAAAAAGUCAAUUUAUUGUAUGAAGUUGCAAAUUCAGACUGAUCUAUUGAUUUGAAUUAAAAGUUAGGAAUAAUCUAUUAAAAUACAUUGUAAAAAUAUUUCUUUUUCAAGAAAUUGCAAAGGUGCCACUUUAACUGCCAUUUUUAAUGAGAAAAAAUCUUAAAAGUCUUAAAAGUCAUUAAUAUUAGUGAAUGUAUGCCAAAUGAUAUUUUUAUACUGUAAAAUUAUAAAUUGAUGAUUCACAAAUUCUGAUUGUUUAAAUGAAGGAAGUAUUUUUUAUUAAAUUU